CAAAGGAUACAUAUUUGGUUCUGCUUUGUUUUGCUUUGGUUUUACUUUCUUUGGAUUGUGAUUGUUUUGACUGCCAGAUGGGUUUCCAAAGUCUCUUUGUUCUGGUGUUUUGGUUGUCAGCUGGGCUGAAGCACUCUGAUUUCAGCAUACUGACAAGCCCCCUUCUUCUCUAUCCAUUUGAUUCCUCCCAGAUGAAGGCAAAUGAGGGACGAGAACUAGAAAACCACACUCUUCUGAUGGGAUUUGUACUCUCUGGAUUGUCCAGCCACCCAGAAAUGCAGAACUUGGUGUUCUUCAUAUUCUGCUUGAUUUACACCUUCAGCAUUGCUGGGAACCUUCUCAUCUUCCUGGUCACGUUGCAUCCCACCCUCCAUAUGCCCAUGUACUUCUUCCUCCGGGUCCUGUCCUUCCUGGAUAUUUCCACAGCAUCCAUAGUUGUCCCCAAGAUGCUGGUAAACUUCCAGUCAGAGGACAGGAAAAUUUCCUAUGUGGGCUGUGCCACGCAACUCUACUUUGUGAUUUUCUUGGCGGCCACUGAAUGCUAUAUUUUGGCAGCUAUGGCCUAUGAUCGCUACGUGGCCAUAUGCAACCCCCUUAGGUACACCAUCAUCAUGAACAGAAGAGCUAGUCUUUUUCUAGUCCUGCUGUCAUAUUGCAGUGGGAAUGUAGUGUCUGUUGUGCAGACAGCUUGGGUGUUCACUCUGCCAUUUUGUGGACCCAAUAAGAUUAACUACUUCUUCUGUGAUAUCCCUCCACUCAUUAUGCUCUCCUGCACUGACACCUCCUUGUAUGAAAAGCAGAUUGUUACAGCCACAGUGCUGGUCAUCUUUACACCCUUUUGUCUCAUCCUGGUAUCUUAUGCCUGCAUCAUCUCCAGCAUCCUCAAGAUUUCCUCUGCAGAGGGCAGACGCAAGACCUUCUCCACCUGUUCUUCACAUCUAAUUGUUGUAACGCUUUACUAUGGCAGCGGGACCUUGAUUUACUUACGGCCCAAGUCCAGUAAUUCACAGGACACUAAGAAAGUCUUAUCUCUCAUAUAUACAGCUAUAAUCCCCACACUAAACCCCCUGAUUUACAGUCUGAGGAAUAAGGAAGUGAAAGCUGUGAUAAUCAGAAUUUUAGCUUACCUGAGGAAGAUAUAA